ACAUCGCUUGGCUUUGGGCGUUCACAGUCUUUUACCAAACUCAUCGAACAAAGUCAGGAAAAAAACGCCCUGUAAAAGGUCGGGAAAAGCUUCAAAAUGAGUGGCCUUGUGAAAGCGAAGGAGCACGAUGUUGAAGAUAGCAAUGUGGAAAAUAUCGGCUCAGAUGUGGACAGAAAUCUCAAAAAAAAAGCAGCCGAAACCGAAGAAGCAUGGAAAAAAGCUGGCGAAAAACCUGGUCUUCAAAUCUGGCGGAUUGAAGACUUCAAGGUGGUACCCUGGCCCAGAGCAAAAUAUGGGGAGUUCCACAGAGGUGACAGCUACAUCGUCCUCAGAACAUACAAGGAGCCUGGUAGCGAGGAACUGGAGCAUGACCUUCAUUUCUGGCUUGGAAAAGAAUCCACGCAGGAUGAGAUGGGUACUGCAGCUUACAAGACUGUUGAACUGGACACCUUGUUGGAUGAUAAGCCUGUGCAGUACCGUGAGGUAGAAGGCUUCGAAAGUAAAUUGUUCAAGAAAUGCUUUGGUAGAAUCACGUAUUUGGAAGGAGGACGGUGAUGACGAUCUCAGUCGUAGGGUUGCGCAAUACCAGAAGCAAAAAAAGAAAGACGACGAAGAUGGUGAAUACUCCGAGGAUGAAGAAGACGAAUCUCGAGAAGACGAGGCUCCUGAAUUGAUGGAGAAGCUUGUUAGCUUGCUGGGGGAGCCACCAGAAAACUUCGAUGUGAAGAAGAACAAGGAAGAAGAAGAUGUCAACAAAAAAAAGGAAGUGCCUUGUGAGGAAGGUUUUGUGAAGAAGCUUGUCUGGUUUUCUUCAAGUCAUGUUCUGUGGAAGUUUACUAAAAGAAAAUUCUUCAAGCUAAGCAUCCAAUAAAUCUAUAAAGCUUUGGUAGUAAAUUCAAAACAUAAUACUGCACAUUUCAAAAACGUUAAAAAAAGCUUUCAAAUGUCAAAUUUUCUCGAAAUCCUUUUUUCAAAAAGCUUAAA